AUGGCCAUGAACACGAGCAAGGCGGCGACGUCGGACAAGGGGCUGCAGGACAUCGACGACUGGCUGCCCAUCACCUCCUCCCGGAACGCCAAGUGGUGGUACUCGGCCUUCCACAAUGUCACCGCCAUGGUCGGCGCCGGCGUCCUCAGCCUGCCCUACGCCAUGUCCGAGCUCGGAUGGGGUCCUGGCGUGGCGGCGAUGAUCCUGUCGUGGGCGAUCACCCUGUACACGCUGUGGCAGAUGGUGGAGAUGCACGAGUGCGUGCCCGGCAAGCGCUUCGACCGGUACCACGAGCUGGGCCAGCACGCCUUCGGCCAGAAGCUGGGCCUCUGGAUCGUCGUCCCGCAGCAGCUCGUCGUCGAGGUCGGCGUCUGCAUCGUCUACAUGGUCACCGGCGGCAAGUCGCUCAAGAAGGUGCACGACCUGCUCCGCCCGGAGCACAGCCACCCCAUCCGCACCAGCUACUUCAUCUGCAUCUUCGGCUCCGCCCACUUCCUCCUCUCCCAGCUCCCCAACUUCAACUCCAUCACCGGCGUCUCCCUCGCUGCCGCCGUCAUGUCGCUCAGCUACUCCACCAUCGCCUGGGCGGCCUCGCUGCACCACGCCGGCAAGGCCGGGCCCGGCCACGUGGUCGACUACAGCAUGACGGCGUCCACCACCCCCGGGAGGACCUUCAACUUCCUGAGCGCGCUCGGGGACGUGGCGUUCGCCUACGCCGGCCACAACGUGGUGCUGGAGAUCCAGGCCACCAUACCCUCCACGCCCGAGAAGCCGUCCAAGAAGCCCAUGUGGCGGGGCGUCGUCCUGGCCUACAUCGUCGUCGCCAUCUGCUACCUCCCCGUCGCCUUCCUUGGCUACUACGUCUUUGGCAACGCCGUCGAUGACAACAUCCUCAUCACCCUCGAGAGGCCCCGCUGGCUCAUCGCCGCCGCCAACAUGUUCGUCGUCAUCCACGUCAUCGGCAGCUACCAGUGGCAGAUCUAUGCGAUGCCGGUCUUCGACAUGCUCGAGACCUUCCUGGUGAAGAAGCUGAGGUUCAAGCCCGGGUGGCCUCUUCGUCUCAUCGCACGCUCGCUCUACGUUGCAUUCACCAUGAUCGUUGGCAUCGCCAUCCCCUUUUUCGGUGGGCUACUAGGGUUCUUUGGUGGUUUUGCAUUUGCCCCAACAACCUACUUCCUUCCCUGCAUUAUGUGGCUGGCAAUCAAGAAGCCAGUGAGGUUCAGCAUGUCGUGGUGCAUCAACUGGAUCUGCAUAAUCAUCGGCGUGCUUCUGUCCGUUUUGGCGCCCAUCGGAGGCCUCCGUUCCAUCAUCAUCAACUACAAGACGUACCAAUUCUUCUCAUGA